AGCCAAGGAAUACUGAUGAAGAUGAAGCGGACUUUGUGCAGACUCUCUUGCUUGGUGACUCUGGUGGUGGAGCUGAGCUGGAUCAACGUGGGCCACGGCAUGCACAGAGAGGGAGGAAGCAGGAUCAUGAGGCAGUGGGAGAGGAAGGUGCGCUCAGCCUCCAGCCUGGAUGAGCUGCUGAGGCUCGCAGACUUCCCAGACUGGAAGUUGUGGAAGUGUCGUCUGAGACUGCAGCAGCCGGAGACCCUCUCUUCUCCGCCGUCGGCGGGCUCCCACCGCUCAACGCGCUACGCUGCCGAAUCUUACAGCCUGGAGAUACUUAAAGCCAUAGACGAAGAGUGGCAGCGGACUCAGUGCAUGCCGAGGGAAACGUGCGUCGACGUCGCCAAGGAGCUGGGCACCGACCCCUCGAUGUUCUUCAAGCCACCCUGCGUCUCCGUCCACAGGUGCAGUGGCUGCUGCAAUCAAGAGGGCGUCACCUGCAGAAACACAACUACUGAGUAUGUGAAUAAAACUGUCCUACGUGUGAUUCCAUUUAAGUUUGUACCGGAGCCUGUUCUCAUAAAAGUAGCUAACCAUACAGAGUGCAGGUGCAUGGAGCCUGCUAUAAUACGACGUAAUGCUCAACCUCACAGGAGCAGUGGCUGCUCUCCGAUGGGCCAGCUGUCAGACGCAAAGGACUCCAGGAGACUUUGUGCCAGUGGUUUGAUUUGGGAUUGUUCAACUGACAGAUGCAUCCCAUACCCUUCCAGUUCACCAGAAUUUCCACUCAGUUCAUGGAUGCCCGACUGUGAGAUCGACGCCGAGCGCUGUGACUGUCUCCUUCGAUCCGUACCGACUCCGCAGCCAAGAUCAACCCAGCGCUGUCGGCUCAACUCCUCCAUCUGUGCCCAUAGACAACAACAUUUUGAGCAAGCCUCCUGCAGGUGCAAAUGGCCCAAUUAGUCCCCCGAGGAAAUGCAUUACGACAACCUGCUCGCCAAGGAUGUUUGGAGGCAGAGAAAAAAGGCUCAUAAUUUAUUUACAGUCCUAUUUAUGGCAAUCACUUUUACUAAUUAAGAUGAUAUUAACUCACAUUACCAUGUUAUUUUUUUUUUUUUUACAUGCUUAGCCUAUAUUUUAAUCCAUAUGUAAAUGUAAUGAUUUCUACAUUUGUUCUUUGUGCACUGAAUAUGUAGUUUAUAUUAAACGAUUAUUUAAAUUUGUGAUGAGAUUAUGGAUUGUCGCCUACUGUAACUUCUGAUGGAAUAUUCCACGAAUUGUUAAUCUUGAUUUAUUUCCUGUUAAUCAAAACAACUAAGUACAGAGCACAUGUGUAUGAUCCACAAACAAAACAAGUCAAUUAUUCAGAAAAAACAUAACCUACAUUUUCUGUUUUCUUGGAUUUCAUCUUUAUACAGUCUAUAAAAAGAUAUUCGCCCUUCUUGGACGAUUUUUAUGUUUUAUUGUUUUACAACAUGGAAUCAAAAUGUAUGUAAUGUAUUUUUAUGACUCUUAUCUGAUAUAAUAAGAUACCUUAAUGUCAAAGUAAAGAUUUCUAAAGAUUUGUAAACCUGAUUAAUUAAUUUUAUUAUUAUUAUUAUUAAUAAGUAUUCAUCCUUUUUAUUAGGAAAUGCAUGCAUCCCUGGUGUAGUCGUUUUCUCUUGUCAGUUGACCACAUAACUCAUUAAAUGGAGGCCACAAGGUUAAAUAUAGGCACCAAAAGGAAAUCUUCUGGAAGAUAGCCUGAGAUAGUCUGCAAAAAACCUGAAGAUGUGUUUUCCAGCAAAACAAUGAGCGCAAACAUAAAAUUGUUGUGCCUUAAAAACCUGAAUUUUCCUAUGGCGGCUGAAUCAGAGGUCGUAAUCCAAUACAGAAUAAAUAUGUAAAGAAGGCUUUUCACUGACAAUCCCCGUGCAACCUGUCAGCUUGAAUGCUUUCGCUGAAAAGAAGAAAAGAGUCCACAUGUCACACAUGGCUGUGACUGCUGCUUAAUACUGUCGCUAACACCUAUUUUCUAUUUGUCUUUCAUUUAGAUCACUUUGUAGAGAUGUGUCUAUUGAUCAUGUGUCAAAAAAGAGGACAUUUAUGUUUGAAGACAACACAAAUUUUGACGCACAAUUCAAAGACAUUGUACAAGAAACUGAUUUGGCUGACGAGAUCUUCUGCAUUGGAUUCUAUCCGUGGAGCAGAUUAGUUUGGUCUUUGUUUGCCAGAUGUUGGCAGAGAAGCUUGAAAUCUAUGCCUGCAUGUGAUUUGUAAUUGAUGAUAGUAUUUGAGCUUCCAGAGAAAUACUCCAAUCUUCUCUGGUGACAUUUGAAAACCUGCAACAGAUUUGUUGAAGUCGAAGUGGACGGUGAAUACGGCUUCACAUAAAAUGGGUGCGUGCUUCGUAAAUAUGCGUAAUUUACUGUUGCUUGGUGAAUAUAUUGAUAUCCAGUCUAGUAUUUCUCUUUUUUUUUCAUUUGGCAAUGCUGCUGAUCUAUAAAAGGAAAACAUUAAAGGGCACUUUGCGUU